AUGUCUCCUGUUCCCUCGCCCGCCACCGGCCUCCUGAGCAGGUCCUUUGACGCACCGGCACCCAGCAGUAAUAGCGGCACUGCCAAGCCCGAUUUGGCCGACAUUGUCGGCUGGGUUUCCGAAACUAACGAUCGGGGGACGGCCGACAUCCUCUGGUCCAGCUGCGUGACCAUUAUUCUGUGCGUCUGGAUCGCCACGUCCCCCAACGUUCCUGGCCCCGAAGACAAAUGGCAUCAUCGAUGGUUUGACAAGCUCAAUCUCGCCUGCAUCGGCUUGGUGGGCCCACACUUCCUCUUGAGACUUGCCGUCGGCCAGCUAUUAAACGCGAAGCAGAGCGUGAGAAUACUUCGCCAGUUACCCGGAGGAGAAACAUGGACGCUGAGACAUGGCUUCUUUGCCAAUAUGGGUGGCUUUUACAUCCGCGCUCCUGAUUAUCCUAAUGGCUUCCCCAUCAACGGCGAGCAGCUCGCUUACUUGGUCAAAUACCGGCAUCUGGAUUUUCCAACCCUGACAAGUGAGGAUAUCAACCGGCGCAAUCGGAUUGAUGGGCUUUCCAAGUUUAUUACCAUUUGGCAGGUUGCUUGGUUCAUCAUCACCCAGUCCCAGAGGCUUGCCAAAGGAUACCCCAUCACCACACUCGAACUUACAGCUUUGUCGUUUUGCGCGAAUACGAUCGCCACAUCAGCCUGCUGGUACUACAAGCCCGCUAUCGAGCAGGCCAUCUUCCUUGACACCAGAGGCUCCGUAACUACCGCAGCAAUUCGAGAGAGUGCCCGCGCCAAAUCGAAGACGCAUCCAAACCUGCCAGCGAUCGAUGAUGGGACGCCAUUGGACUUUCUCUCACCGCGACCUAUUUACACGAAGAAGUUCUGGCACUACCUCCCCAUGACCCAAGGCCUUUAUACUCGGUUAUUCAACAAACAAGCAAAAGAAGACCGGUGGCAACGCAUUCCAUCCAAUACGUGGCUCGAAAUCAGGAAUUUACGCUGGGGUUUGUUAAUGGCCGUUGCUAUGCUGCCUUUCAGCGUUACCUUCUUCGGUGCCUGGAACUUCCAUUUUCCAACAACGGCGGAACGCAGCAUUUGGAGAUUAUGCGCCACUUAUCACGUUAUGUUCAACCUUGUUGGGUGUCUGUCUUACAUCCGAAACUACGUGGCCGAGGUUCUGGUGUGGGUGCGGAUGCUUUUGCGACGGCUGGUUGGUAUGAAACCUGUUGAUAACGAACAAAGUUGCGGUAUGCGUGCAAAGGGCGACGAAGAGUCAAGCCAGGGGAUACAUCCUCUGCCACCUGGCAAUGGCGCACCCGAGCAGCGCAGCCUCGAAUACGGACCAGCAAGGCCUACCGCAAACGGUACUUCGCACGGACGGCUAGCAAGGGACAGCCGCACGGCAAGCGGCGGCUCUUCCCAUAUUAACAGCCACCAGAAUAUGCGUCCCCGCAAAGGAGCAGAAGACGCGACGCUGCUUCGGUUUAGAGUCGCACUUUGGUUCUUCUGCUUUGUUUACCUUGUCUGCAGACUGUACAUCUACAUCGAGAGUCUGGCGGGUCUCAGGUCGCAACGGCGAGGGGUUUACAUGACAGUCAACAAGUUCCUUCCAUCGAUAUCAUAAACCCUUUCAUGCCUAUCCGGCAUGGGGCUUUAUUGGCUACGGGAGAUGUUAGCCCAAACAGAGCUCCAACCCAUCCGUCACUCUCCAGUCACCAAACCACAUAUCAAAUUUGAUAUUCCGUCCCUGC